UGCCAUCCCUCACGGGACGAUCCAUCCUCUAUAAACAAUGGGCCCCCCUCCGCCGACUGGUGAGGCACAGUAUGUGAUCCUUAGGGCGAUCGGGGGUGAGGUAGGAAACACGGCCGCCCUGGCCCCCAAGCUGGGUCCUCUGGGUCUCUCGCCCAAGAAGAUCGGCGAGGACAUCCAGAAGAACACCCAGGAGUGGAAGGGGCUCCCGAUCACGGUCAAGCUCACCAUCAUCAACCGUCAGGCGACCGUGUCUGUGAUCCCCGCCGCUUCGUCGCUGAUCCUCAAGGCUCUCAACGAGCCCGAACGCGACCGCAAGAAGGUGAAGAACAUCAAGCACGAUGGCAACGUCACCCUCGACCAGGUGAUCGAGAUCGCCCGCGUCAUGCGCGAGAGGUCCAUGGCGCGCACGCUCGCCGGAACCGUCAAGGAAAUGCUCGGCACCUGCAACUCCGUCGGCUGCACCGUCAACGGACAGUCUCCCCGCGACAUCCAGAGUGGCAUCAGCGAGGGAGAGAUUGUCAUCCCCGACGAGUAG